AUGCGACGUAACAGCAAUAACUCUCACAAUAUAGUUGUUUCUACACCUGCUAGUGUUCAUAAAGCAAGUGGUUUAAAAUUUUCACGAUCGUCUGCUUCGAGGAAGAAUUCGAGUAAUAAUACCCAAUUUUCUGACAAAGAUAUGACUCCUCCAAUCUUGACGAGCAUAAAUCAACCCGUAUCUGAAAUUAAACAAAAUGUGGCUAAACGUUUUAGCUUGAAAGUAAGCCCUAAAAUACCUAAAUUUAUCAGAUCCUCUUCAAGUUCUUCGACAAAAUCUAGGAUAUCGGUAUCAACAUUAAAUAAUGAUAAUCAUUUGAUUAAUCAAUCUGAUUCCUUGAACAAAUUUUCUUCGUCUCCUACUAAACUUUCAACUGAGUUACCACCACAAAAUUCUCCGAAUUCACUAUACGUUGCUAGGACUGGUAAUGCUUCUGAUGUAUUGAAAUCAUCAAAUGAAGCUCAAGAUACUUGUUCAAUUUCUGAAAAUUGGGAAACAAUUACUCAGAACGAUUAUAAGAAUUCCUCUGAUGAACGUAAUGAAAAUAAUGAAAAAAAUGGUAUUGAUCAAUCAUUAAUAUUUACUUCCGACCCGAUACCGAACAAAAAGCAUGGUGGCGCUCCUUUAUUAAUAUCUAAUAUUGGAAAAACGUCGUCUUCAACUACAAAGGCUCAAAAAAAGAAUGUUAAGGCUGGUUCAAAAUCUUUACCUAGAAAUCUUUUUAGGUUUAUUAAAAAAGAUAAACCUCCUGAAAUUGUUACUAUUCCUUCCCUUUCUCCUCCUUCCGUCACUUAUGUUUCUCCUCCUCCUACUAUCCCCCAAAAACCUAAAAAGAAAAGAGGUUCUCAUCCAAGAAGUGGUAGUUUUUAUUCUACAAAACAAACUUUAGCUAAUGCUUUAUUACGUAGAGUACGUAAUAGACCUGUUUCUGUGUCAAAUAUUAAUGAAGAUGUAUUAACAUAUACAAGCUUUCCGGAUCCUGAUCCGGAAGAUUACGUUAACAUAUAUACUUGGGAUUUACCUGACUCAAUAUCGGCAACUGAAGCUGCUGGUGGUGUAUUACAGAUGAUCGAAUAUGAUG